CGACGACAGUGCUCGUCCCGCCUUCGCAUUCGAAACACGUGUCACGCCGAAUUUCGGCGCCACGGCCGUCCUGACAUCGGCUACGCGCGAAAACUUUCCCAAAAACGCAUAAAACACCAGAAAUUGUGUCAAAAAUCAACUAAAAAACAUUGAUUUCGGCUUUAUUCUCACGCGGGUGGUAGGAAAAGGACGGUACUGCCGCUAGUAGUGAAUAUGUGGUGUUUAUGUAUGCAAUACGUGUGAGGAAUAUUAGCGCCGGUCGCACUAUUAAGUGACAUUAGACGGCGCAUAUGUAAAAGGUGGCGAUGGGCAGCUGGUUAACCUACUUCUGGUGGGGCGGCGACCCUGACGUGGCGAACCCUCACUCCGGGCUGACGCGGAGGGAGGUGUACGCCGUGCAGCAGUCCUGGGCGCCAGUCUACGCUCAUUCCGUCGCUAAUGGCACUGAAUUGUUGAAAAGAUUAUUUCGGGCCUAUCCAGAAACAAAAGAGUUCUUCAAAAUGGUUCGAAAGUCUUCCGAAGAUGAUUAUGCCCAGAACCCUCAGUUCAAAGCUCACGUGAUCAACCUAAUGGGGUCUCUCAACCUGGCGGUGAACAACCUCAACCAACCAGAAGUGGUCGCUGCCAUGAUGAACAAACUGGGAGAGUCACAUGGCAGAAGAAAAAUACAACAGGAACAUUUUUAUAACUUAAAAGACGUGUUAGUGAAGAUGUUCAUCGAGGUGCUAAAGCUUGAAGGCGCGACGCUGGCGGCUUGGGGCAAAACGGUGGAGUUUUGGUACAAACACAUUUUUGAAACGCUCAGCCAAGGAGACUCGAGAUAACCAACGCAGGUUAAGUAGGAAAGAUGAUCUUUGACUAGAUUCAAACGCCCGCGUAAAAGCAGCAAGUUGUUAUUAUAAAUCGGGCCUAAUCCGUACACCGUACAGAUUUUAUAGAUAUGUAAGUAGGAAGCAAAAAAAAGCGGUGAUAGCCUAGUGGUUAAAACGUCGGUCUUCUAUUUAGGGGGCCGCACUUCUAAUUUUUCGGAGUUGUAAAAGGUAUACGUUUGAAGGAAUUAAAUAUCUUGUAAGAAGGAAAACAUCGUGGGGAAACCAAGGGGGAAACCUGUAUGUCUCAGUUCUUCAUAAUGUUCUCAAAGGUGUGUGAAGUCUGCCAAUCAAGUGCGCGCACCUAAGAAUAGUGCAACGUGGCCAAACUGAUAUUUUGAGAGGAGAACCGUGUUCAGAAGUUAGCCAGCGGCGAUGGAUAUACCUACAUAUUAUAUUAUUGGGAAGUUAGGUCUAAAUGAGACAUAUUAUGUCCACGCAACUUGAUGUUAUUGUAGCACUUUCCAUUAAAAAAAAGCUUUGUAUCUAAUCGUAAGCAAACCCUAUUUUAUUUAAAUAAGAAUUUAGUUAGGUAUUAUACACUGUAAGUUAGAUAGAUGCCUAUACUUACUACAUACUAUUAUUAUAGUGUUUUGUUAUAAUAGGAUUUAUUUUAGUCUGAGAACCCGUAGGAAAUUCUUGAAGAGGAGCUUGAGGUAAAAAAGCUGACUUUACAUACCUACCUAGUUCCCACCUUCCAAAUUAUUCCACUAACCCCCACUGACAAUCCCCAUCAGUGGGGAUUUGUGAACUUUUCUUCCACAAAUCCCCAUUGACACUCCGUAGAGCUAGUGAUGACACUCCCUAAAGCUUCUAGAGAAAGCGGGCACAAGCAAGAGUUGUAGGUAAUUUUAAAACUUAUCAGUAAGUAAUUUUGCAGUUCGGCUAAAAAUUCUAAAAUUAUUUACUAGUUUGGUUAUAACCUGCCCCCUCAGCACGAAAACUUUGGGUUAUAGCCUUAUUUUGUAAGUGUUUACUUUAAGUUUUAUAAAGCACCUCGUCAAAACUUCCCGCGGGCUCUCGAAACGUUUCUAAUAUUGUGUAAAUAUCUUGUAUCGUUUAAUAUAGGUGCACGAAGUGUAAAUAUACGAUGACUAUCAUUAUGUCCUACUAUCAAAGUAGAUAAUGUACCUACAAUCUCAGUUAUUGUUUAUUCUAGGUCCUAGGAUAUUUAAUCAACCAUCGUAACAUUUGUAAAUAAAUAUUCCUUUAGUAUUUA